UUUAAAACUCGGGACCGGUAUUCGCGGCUAAGGGAUAUCCUCUGGAUCAAUCGGUAUCAUAGUGCAUGGUAGCAUAGCAGCGGGAUACAGGGUUGGUUAUUGGGCGAUAAUCGGAAAUUGUAUGAACAAUGGGACGUAUGCACGGGACCGAGAUUUCUUUCCUUUCGAGCUGCAUUCUUUUGUCCCCCCCGGACUUACUGCAUUCAUUUUUGCUGUACUACUACUUACUGGUAUGAAUAUUUUCUGGUGCGGGACUUCGCGCUGUCGGUCUCUACGCCCUUCUACAAUGCUGAAAGCGACUACGUCCUUUUCAUGCUCCGCCCUUUGCAAAGCGCCGCGAUGGAACGGAUAGGACACAAAUGCCACUGGGUCUUAUGACGAAACGAUUCGUGAUUGGACGCGCGCUUUCGCCGCCACGCUCACCUGCCCAGGACAAACUAAGGGUGCACGUGACCCCGUGGGUCUCCUGUUAUCAGGUCACUUGGCCACACCGCCUCACGCGUACAGUAAUAAUAGCUGCCUGCCAUUUAGAAUCAGCCAAGUCCAGAUCCAGAGUUUCUCCAACGAAAUUCUACGACCAACCAACCGCCAACCAACAACUGUCGCACAAACACCGCCCGCAAACGAACAUACCUGCAUCACGCGAAUACACCCAUCCACGAACCACACUACAUUGCACCACAAUACACUACACUCCCAUUCCGCACCUGCAACUACAACUACAACUGCACUCACCUCUCCAACCAUGCCAAAACUCACCUACACAUCCUCCGGCUCGCUGCUCCUCUCGCUCCGCUUCGUCAACGCGCUCAUCGCCCUGCUCUCCGCCAUCCCCUCCUCCGCCUUCGACGAGUAUCUCAGCCGCCUGUGCGAGCAGCAGCUUUGCGCCGAGCGCGCGGACAAGGAUAUCAGCAACAAGCCGUGUAUUCUUGUCGUCGACGAAUUGUUCCACGAGGUGCUGAGGGAUGCGCUGGGGAAGCUGAGGAGGGAGGAGAGCGGACGGUAUGAGAAGCUCGUGAGCGAGUGGCCGGGGAUUGAGGAGAUUGUUGAGGGGCGGGAUGAGGGGAGGAGUGGGGAGGAUGGCAGUG